UAAUUAUCGGGGAUGUUUUGGAUGGAGUCGAUCACGUCGGGCUGUCGUGGACAGUGCGUGCUCCACGGUUUGAACGCAAUGACGUAUCCGCACUCGUGACUCAUUGGCCCACUGCCAUCGCUAUGUAGCAUUUCGGUGGGUGUGAAACGGGCGGGUUACGAGGAUUCGUUCUUGAAAAGAGACAGCUUUCGUCACUUCAUCGUCUCUAAGUGUACGAGCGUGCUAAGUGUUGUGUAUCACGUAAAAGCAAGACGUCUGGCAGUGCCAUCGCGGUUGUUGUCCGUAUUGUGGUGGAACUGACAGAAUUUUCGUAUCAGAAGGGAUACGCGCCUUGGGUACAGCCGGGACCUCAGGUCUGACUGUCUACGCGAUUCAGUGAUUUUGUCAGUGAAGAAGAGUGUUGGACGCGGGAAGGUUGGUGGUACUACAGGAAAGCUACUGCGAGUGGACGCCCGCCGUUUGAACGAGAACUAUGACGACAAGGAAGAAAUGGAAAAUGUACAGCAAGCUGAAGAAGGCGCGAAAGGAAAAGAAUGGCCUCCGCAGGAGGCUUCGGAAACAAUAUAAUCGAAAAAACAGAGAGUGCCAGCUACAACAUGAACAGGAUGCCGCAUUAAUUGUUAAGCUAACGAAGUCGUUAGCGGAGAAAGACAAGCUGCUGGAAGCAAAGACAGCUGAAUGUCAGGAGCUGAGAGGAGAAUACUGUCGGGAGAGUUAUUGUAACUUGCCAACUCAACAGGGUGAAGAGGGGCAUCCUGAAUUUGUGACGGACAGAAGAGUGACAUCUGAUGUUCGAGCACAGUAUGCAUCAUCUUACCAUGAAUCUGAUCAUCGCGGUAUCUCAAGCACCUAUAACCCAACAGAGGAUAUAAGUGAAUACCCUCAGUUGGUCUAUCAGCCGGUUGCCUGAGAACUCAUCUCCUAGUGGAUUGGCGUGAUGUUUUGCCUGUACGUCGGCAUACAUUAUUAACAUCUGUAUGUAUGUAGAAUGUAAGUAUUGUUGUUUUCAUCUGGACUACGAUGUAUUGAGAGGAUUUUACUGGAAUUUUUAGUUGACGCGAUUAAAUGUACAUAAGUGACAGUAUUAUAUUAGAUCGAGUUCAAUUAAUUAUUUAUUAUAGGACAAUAGUUGAUAUAAAAUUGUGUGUGUUGAUUAGCAAGAGUUAGCCUCACACACGACAG